UUGGAAAAAGACAGGCGUCUUGACUGAGGCGUUGGAACUCGCCUUUCCCCUGGUAUUUUAGGUGUCGGUAGAGAGACUUGAGGUUUCCGUACUGCACUGUCGAGUGAGGCGAGGCCUGUCGGGGACACGUCGGGAGAGCUGCAGCCGAAGGGAACGGCUGGACUUGGGCAGGGGUUACCUGAGGAGUUUGGACCUCGGAGUCUCCUCCCUGCCCCACCGUGCUUCCCCCGGGAGGAAGUGAGCCAGGCGGGGUAGAUCUGCUACCCAGGAGCCUGCUUGGCGGUAAAGUAGGGGAGCUUUGGGACCUCUGUCUUUUGCAAAAGACAUGAGUGGAGAAUAUAGAGGGAGAGGAUUUGGACGAGGAAGAUUUCAAAGUUGGAAAAGAAGAAGAGAUGGUGGGAGCUUCUCAGGAAAAUGGAGAGAAAGAGAACACAGACCUGACCUGAGUAAAAGUAGGGGAAAACAUUCUUCUGAACAAAACCCACAGUCUUUGCUACUGCAGUCAACAUUAGAUCAACUCAUACCAUAUAAAGGCUGGAAGCUUUAUUUCUCUGAAGUUUACAGUGAUAGUUCUCCUUUUAUUGAGAAGAUUCAAGCAUUUGAACAUUUUUUCACACGGCAUAUUGAUUUAUAUGAUAAGGAUGAAAUAGAAAGAAAGGGAAGUAUUUUGGUGGAUUUUAAAGAACUGACAGAAGAUGAUGAAAUAACUAAACUAAUACCAAAUAUAGCAAAUGAAUUAAGGGAUACACCUGAGAAAACUUUGGCUUGCAUGGGUUUGGCAAUACAUCAGGUAUUAACUAAGGACCUUGAGAGACAUGCAGCUGAAUUACAAGCUCAAGAAGGAUUAUCUAGAGAUGGGGAAACAAUAGUCAAUGUGCCGCAUAUUCAUGCAAGGGUGUAUAACUAUGAGCCCUUGACACAACUCAAGAAUGUCCGAGCAAAUUACUAUGGAAAAUACAUUGCUCUGAGAGGGACUGUGGUUCGUGUCAGUAAUAUAAAGCCUCUCUGCACCAAGAUGGCUUUUCUUUGUGCUGCCUGUGGAGAAGUUCAGAGCUUUUCUCUUCCAGAUGGAAAAUACAAUCUUCCCACAAAGUGUCCUGUGCCCAUGUGUCGAGGGAAGUCAUUUACUGCUCUUCGUAGCUCUCCUCUCACAGUUACAAUGGACUGGCAGUCAAUCAAAAUCCAGGAGCUGAUGUCUGAUGAUCAGCGAGAAGCAGGUCGGAUUCCACGAACAAUAGAAUGUGAGCUCAUGCACAAUCUUGUGGAUAGCUGUGUCCCUGGAGACACAGUGACUAUUACUGGGGUUGUCAAAGUCUCAAAUGCUGAGGAAGGUUCUCGCAGUAAGAAUGACAAAUGCAUGUUCCUUUUGUACAUCGAAACAAAUUCUGUUAGCAAUAGCAAAGGACAGAAAACAAAGACUUCUGAGGAUGGGAGUAAGCAUGGAACAUUGAUGGAGUUCUCACUCAAAGACCUUUAUGCCAUCCAAGAGAUUCAAGCUGAAGAAAACCUGUUUAAACUCAUUGUCAACUCUCUUUGUCCUGUCAUUUUUGGUCAUGAACUUGUUAAAGCAGGCUUGGCAUUAGCACUGUUUGGAGGAACCCAGAAAUAUGCAGAUGACAAAAACAGAAUUCCAAUUCGAGGAGACCCACAUGUUCUUGUUGUUGGAGAUCCAGGCUUGGGAAAGAGUCAGAUGCUGCAGGCAGCAUGCAAUGUUGCUCCACGCGGCGUUUAUGUUUGUGGUAAUACCACAACCACCUCUGGUUUGACUGUAACUCUUUCAAAAGAUAGUUCCUCUGGAGAUUUUGCUUUGGAAGCUGGUGCUUUGGUACUUGGUGAUCAAGGUAUUUGCGGUAUAGAUGAAUUUGAUAAGAUGGGGAAUCAACAUCAAGCCUUGUUAGAAGCCAUGGAACAGCAGAGUAUUAGCCUUGCUAAGGCUGGCAUAGUUUGUAGCCUCCCUGCAAGAACUUCCAUUAUUGCUGCCGCAAAUCCAGUUGGAGGACACUACAAUAAAGCCAAAACAGUUUCUGAGAACUUAAAAAUGGGGAGUGCCCUGCUGUCCAGAUUUGAUUUGGUCUUUAUCCUGUUAGACACCCCAAAUGAGGAUCAUGAUCAUUUACUCUCUGAACAUGUGAUUGCAAUAAGAGCUGGAAAGCAGAGAACUGUUAGCAGUGCCACAGUGGCUCGUAUGAAUAGUCAAGCUUCAACUACUUCUGUACUUGAAGUGAUUUCUGAUAAACCAUUAUCAGAAAGACUAAAGGUGGUUCCUGGAGAAACAAUAGAUCCAGUUCCCCACCAGCUGUUGAGAAAGUACAUUGGUUAUGCUCGGCAAUAUGUCUAUCCAAGGCUAUCCUCAGAAGCUGCUCAAAUUCUACAAGAUUUUUACCUUGAACUCCGGAAGCAGAGUCAGCGCUUAAAUAGCUCACCAAUUACUACUAGGCAGCUGGAAUCUCUGAUUCGUCUAACAGAGGCACGAGCAAGGUUGGAAUUAAGAGAGGAAGCAACCAAAGAAGAUGCCGAGGACAUAGUUGAAAUUAUGAAAUACAGCAUGCUAGGAACUUACUCUGAUGAAUUUGGGAACCUAGAUUUUGAGCGAUCCCAGCAUGGUUCUGGAAUGAGCAACAGGUCAGCAGCAAAAAGAUUUAUUUCUGCUCUUAACAACAUUGCUGAAAGAACUUAUAAUAAUUUGUUUCAAUUUCAUCAACUUCGGCAGAUUACCAAAGAACUAAACAUUCAGGUUGCUGAUUUUGAAAAUUUUAUUGGAUCACUAAAUGACCAAGGUUACCUCUUAAAAAAAGGCCCAAAGGUUUACCAACUUCAAACUAUGUGAAAGGGCUACUAAGUCAGAACCUCCUGGUUAUUAGCAGUUUAAAGCCAUCUCAAUAAUAAAGAAUAUGCAAAAAAAUUACUGUUCUCUGAAAAAUUAUAUCCCAAAAAUAAUGUAAUAGGAAAAGAAAUUAAACUAAUUUAAGAAAUGAUAAAGUCAUGUUAGUUUUUUACAACUUCUCCAAAAUGUUAAAUAUAGUUUGCAUUUUUUAACCUAAAUGAUGUAAUUAUAAAUUAUAGUCUUUUAUUCUUGUAAAUAUUUCAUGGUUUUUGCAUAUCAAAUUCUAUCUGGGUAAGCAUUCACAAAGUUGCAUUUUAUGUUUAAAUAUUUUGACAAAAAUGAAUGGAUGUCUUUCAGAAAUAAAUUGAAACCAACUUUCAACUCCAGAAAAACUUCAAAAGAUUUUGUAUUUAUAUAUUUAUCUUAACAUCUUAGCCAUUAAAUAUUUUUUUCACACAGUGUUUAUUACCAAUGUUAAACAUAUAUCUGUUCUAAAUAAAUAGCUG